CUUGUCACGUGUGAGUGAUGCUGAUCCACAGAAGCUUCAUAUGUCCAGUGGAGACGGGCUCAGAACCGGGCUGAGGUUCGGUUCUGUGCAGUGUCCCGCCUCCUCCCAGCGGGGGGCCUGCUGAGUGGGAGGAGCGAGCUGCGCCGGGACGCGCCGCGCUGCAGCACCAUCAUCCCGUCCAAACCUGCAGGUCCGCCUCGGAGCAAUCAGAGCGCCGGUUCACCUGUUCACCUCCAGGAUCCCGCCGCCUGGUUCCGGAAAGCAACAACAGUCCAGCCGAACCAGUGAAAUAUGAGCGACGCUGUUCGGCGGCGCGGCGUCUGGAUGCCAUAGUUUGUGAUUCUUGCAGCGGCUCUGCAGGACAAAGAGGGUCGCCUUGCUUCAAAUUACGAUGCAUCUCAUCGGGUUGGUCUUAAUCCUGGUCGUGACGGGAAUAGCGGAAGGCUGGGAAUGCAGCGCGGCGUGCAGCACAGAAAAUGGGUUUUGUGAGAAGCCGGGGAAGUGCAGGUGCAAACCCGGGUGGGAAGGGGAGAACUGCGACCGCUGCAUCCCGUUCCCAGGCUGUUUGCACGGCGCGUGUGAGAAAGCCUGGCAGUGUGUCUGUAAAGAGGGCUGGGUGGGCAGCCUGUGCGACCAAGAUAUGCGGCUGUGCUCGUCCAAGCCGUGUCCCAGUAACGCCACCUGCAUAGAGAGAGGAGAGGGCGGCUACCUGUGUGUCUGUCCUCAGGGCUACGCUGGAAAAAACUGCCAGACGAAGCAGAGACUUUGCCUUCUGAACGGCUCUCCUUGUCAGAAUGGAGGCACGUGUGUGGAGGCCAGCGGCUCAGCGGCCGACCCUUCCUGUUUAUGUCCUCCUGGAUUUUCCGGAGCCCUGUGUGACAUCAGCGCCGGCAGCUGCCAGCCGAACCCUUGCCUCAACGGGGGCAACUGCACGGACCACGGCCUGGCCUUCACGUGCGCCUGUCCGCCCGGCUUCACCGGCUUCACGUGCAACAACACCAGCAGCCUCGCUGCCUGCGCGGGCGCGCCGUGCGCCAACGACGGAGCAUGCAUCGGUCAGUCCGACGGAACCUUCCGCUGCGUUUGCCAGAAAUGGUUCACGGGUCCCACCUGCUCCCUCCAUCACAGACAGAGAUCCAGGACCAGGCCUGCCAACACCAGACCAGUGGAGCACAGAGGAUUUGCCCUCACUCCGCAGCACUACUCCCUCCCUGCCCACGCCUUUCACAAGCUGCUCAGACCGUUGGAAAGAGACUCGCUGAAGAUCACCCUGAAGGAGUCGGUCCACUCCUCCGGCGUCCUGGUCACCCACGGCCAGCUCAUCUGUUUCGGCAUGCUGGCCUUGCUCACCUGUCUGGUUAUCUUGGGCACCACAGGAAUAGUCUUCUUUGGCCGCUGCGAGACGUGGCUGGCCAACGCCAAGUACAGCCAGCUUGUUCGGCAGCAGCGGGAACACCUGCUGAGGGAAGCUGGCAGCGCGAGCCAGGAAGAACCGGAGCACUCCGUGAACAUCAUCCUGCCAGAAAAGAUUAGACUCUCCAGCUUCGGGAGGCACUACACCUCCAUCUGAUCAAAACGUCUCCUCCUGUUAGCGGCUCCCUGCGGAGGGAGACCCAACCAAUGUCUCUGUCACUGUUUGCAGCUGUUUAGCGCAGACUGGGCUGAAUGUAUCCUGCUCUGAAUGUAACAUUCGACCAAGGGGACGAACGUUACAUGAGGCUGUAAAUGUGUAUCAGUCAGUCAUGCUAUUAACUAUUAAAUUCAAAAGAUGUCAUUGUGUGGCUUAUCUAUACCUCUCUUCUAACCACUCAUUUCUUUUUGUGCUUCUAAUUAGAUUUUUUUGUGAGAUAUUUUACUUUGUUUAUGAAUUUGUACACAAUUUAUAAACAAUAGUUUUAUUUUAGAAUAGUCUAAUUGUAAAUUGGUAGUGACCAUUCUAGACAAAAAGUGUAAACAUUUCUGUUACAUAACUAUCUAUGUGGGACUUAUGAGUUUAAAUUUAUUAAUAAUUGGUGAGUUUGUACAGUAAUGUGCAGUCGAUGUGUAUAAUGGUUUUUCCUGCUUAUAAAUUCACAAAACAAACAUCACCAUGUUGUGCAAAUGUACCAAUGAGUCAGUUCUUUGUUGGAUAUUAGUCCAGUUUUCAUGCACACAAAGUAAGGAAAUGUUUUAUUUCUUUAAAACAAAGUUUCUAGGCAACUGUAAAAUUAUUGUAAAACUUUUAUUUCCAUUUAAAUGGUGCCACAUUGUGAAGGAAAGUGGAUUGAAUGGGUUGCACCCAUUAAAACUUCAAUUAAAAAUGGAUUAUUGAUUCAUUUAGAUGAUUGAAGUUUAGGUUUGGAUAAAAGUGGACAGAAUAAACUGAGUUUUUCCAUACCAUCACACUUCCUGCACCAAAAGCUGUUUAUAUUUACCAAGCCUACAAUAAGACGCAUUUCCACAAAGUUGGAGAAUUUGACAUUUAACAAAUAAGUUUGCUUAAAUGAAACAAUUUAGAAUGUUUUAUUUUUUUUAAUGAGGUUUUUUUUUUUGGCUGCAUCAAAAUUGGUUUAUUUUGGAAACAAUAGGCAUCAAGUCACAUGACCAACAGAAUGUUGCCACUAAUUCAAACCACGAAGAAGAAAACAGGAAGUGGCUUUCGGGUGAGCAAACUUAUUCACGUGAGAUUUUAAUUACGUUUCUAAUUCAACAGAAACGUCUCAGUUGCGCAUUUAUUUAUUUAUUGUUUCGAAACGGAAUAUUGGCAAAGCGUUCUGUCAGCGGUACAAUCAGCAAAGCUAGCUUAGGGCUAGCAAAGCUAGCUAGCCUACACAAAUCAUAAACAUUGAAUCCACUGAAGAAUUCAAAACAGCUUGUUACAAAAACUUCAGUUUAUUCCACUGAAAAUUUACAAAACAAGUAAAGUAGCUCUUUGGGAUUCAUCUGGAAAGUUAAUUUAUAGAAAGCUAGGUGCGCGAAAUGUUUUCAAAGUUAGCUAAUCGCUACAGAGCUAAUCAAAAAGUUAGCAUCGCCACUGAAAUCCAGUUUUGUUUUUUUUUAGAAAUGUGGCAAUAAUUUCUAAAAAUUUUGUAAUGGUUUCCAACAUUACAAAAUUUACUGCAAAGAAGUUACAACACAGAAAUAAUCAAAAUUAAAAAUUAUUUAGGUAACUUUAGAUGUUUGUUUCAUGUUUCCACAGCAACUCAACUUUAACAUUUUACAGAAAAGUGUCCUGAUUCAGUCUAUUUCUAUAAAUGCUAAUUAUGUUUCUCCAUUAAUUGACAGCUUGUGCAUUUAUUAACGGUUUUACUGAGAUUUAAUUUUUCUGUCUGUGUUCCAAUUUCACAGUCCAUUUAACAAACAUAUGAACUCUGACCUGCUUUGUAUUGCUUCCUUAAACUGGAUCAACCCCCUUUUUAAGCAGAAAAUAAUGUUUUUAUUAAUUCAGUUUAAUUUAUUAAUUGAGUUCUUGCAAAGUAUUUUGAAUGUGUGGUACAUUUUGUCGUAAAAUUUGAAAUGAAAAAGGUUUGUGUGUCAUUCUGCAAAUAUUCGACGUCGGUAAUUGGUGGUUAUUUUUCUUUUUACGGUAAAUUCUACUUCAGGUUUGAUUUGCAUUUGAAAACCUUCUUAAAACAUGAAGUCAUCCGUUUGUUUAUGAAAUGAUGUGCUGUUUAAGACAGAAAAACAUUGUUUUUAGUAAAGUGCAUCAUGUCCAACGUUC